CGGGGGUGGCCGUGUGGAGGUGCGAGGUGCGAGGAGCUAGGCGUGAGGUGGGGCGUACCACAGCUGACUCUGGGAGGAGCGGAUGUAAGUAGGAGUACAGCAGAAAAUGUCCACUGAAAGGACUUCUUGGACAAGCUUGUCCACUAUUCAGAAAAUAGCCCUGGGCCUCGGGAUCCCAGCCAGUGCAACAAUUGCCUAUAUCCUAUACCGCAGGUAUAAGGAAAGCAGAGAAGAGCGGCUAACAUUUGUUGGGGAAGAUGACAUCGAGAUAGAGAUGCGGGUUCCCCAGGAGGCUGUGAAGCUCAUCAUUGGCCGGCAAGGAGCCAAUAUUAAACAGCUGCGGAAACAGACAGGUGCUCGGAUUGAUGUGGACACGGAAAAUGUAGGCGAUGAGCGAGUGCUUCUUAUCAGUGGUUUUCCUGUUCAGGUGUGCAAGGCCAAAGCAGCAAUUCAUCAGAUCCUGACAGAGAAUACCCUGGUGUCUGAGCAGCUCUCAGUUCCCCAGAGAUCUGUGGGCAGAAUCAUAGGGAGAGGCGGUGAGACGAUUCGUUCUAUCUGUAAGGCCUCUGGAGCCAAGAUUACCUGUGACAGAGAAUCAGAGGGGACAUUACUACUAUCAAGACUUAUAAAAAUCUCAGGAACACAGAAGGAAGUGACAGCAGCUAAGCAUUUGAUACUGGAGAAAGUUUCAGAAGAUGAAGAACUUCGGAAGAGAAUUGCCCACUCUGCAGAAACCAGAGUCCCACGCAAGCAGCCAAUCAGUGUGAGAAGAGAGGAAAUGACAGAUCCAGGUGAUGCUGGAGAGCCAACUUUAUGGAAUAGCACCAGUUCUAGCAUGGAGCAGGCCACACCCCUGGUGGUUCUUCCUUGCAAAGGAGGUGGCGACAUGGCUGCGGUAGGACCAAAAGAAGGUUCCUGGGAGAAACCUAAUGAUAACAGCAUUCAGAAGUCUGGAGCUCAGGCCAGUCCAGAGAUGUCCAUGUUUGAAAUUCCCAGUCCUGACUUCAGUUUUCAUGCUGAUGAGUACCUAGAAGUCUAUGUCUCUGCUUCUGAACACCCUAACCACUUCUGGAUCCAAAUCAUUGGCUUCCGCAGCCUGCAAUUGGAUAAGCUUGUCAGUGAGAUGACCCAGUACUAUGAGAAUAGUCUGCCUCAAGACUUGAUUGUGCACGUAGGAGACAUUGUAGCAGCACCUUUACCUACAAAUGGUUCCUGGUAUCGAGCCCAAGUACUUGGGACCUUGGAAAAUGGGAACUUAGACCUCUACUUUGUUGACUUUGGAGAUAAUGGAGAUUGCCCACUAAAGGACCUCAGGGCUCUCAGGAGUGACUUCCUAAGCCUUCCAUUUCAAGCAAUAGAGUGUAGUCUGGCACGGAUUGCCCCCUCAGGUGAACAAUGGGAAGAGGAAGCUUUGGACGAGUUUGAGAGACUCACUCACUGUGCUGAUUGGAAGCCCUUGGUGGCCAAGAUCUCUAGCUACGUCCACACUGGCAUCUCAACCUGGCCAAAGAUUUACUUAUAUGAUACUAGCAGUGGAAAGAAACUUGAUAUUGGGCUAGAAUUAGUUCGUAAAGGAUAUGCAAUUGAGCUUCCUGAAGACAUGGAAGAAAACAGAACUGUCCCAGACAUGUUGAGGGAUGUGGCCACAGAAACGAAUGCCUCUCUCAGCAGCAUGCUCAAUGAGAACAAAAAGAGUCCUGGAGAGAUAACACAUACUCUGUCCUGCCUCAGCUUAUCAGAAGCUGCCUCUGUGUUUGGUGAUGAUAACCUUGAAGAUGACCACUUACUCUGAAGUCUGGGCUGCAGCUGGCUCAGCCAUCUGCUUUGCCGUGAUUUGGCACAGGAUUUGGUACCUGGAGAGAGGAGUCUAUGAUAAGGAGAUCCAUGCAGUUCUUCGUUUUUUACACAAAUGGUCUGGCUUGCUGUGGACCAAAUCCAUUUUCUCCUUCCCUUGGACUACCAGAAAGAAUAUGGGGCAGAGGGAAACAAGUACUUCUCCCUCACUCCAACCCCUUACUUCUCCCCCGCCCUCCAGUGUUUGAAUACUGCUGUGUUACUUCCAGGCUGUUCAAUGUCAGGCUCAAUCUCCUCUGCCAGUCAUGCACAUUACUGCUAGUCUGUGUCCUUUUUGAGCCUAGGAAACAGCCAGGGUUUGGUCACUGGAAGUGAUGAUUCUGCAGACUUCUGACUCACCUCAUCAGGUGAUUCUGAUUUAAAGAAGUGUUUGAAUGGUGAACUCAGAUUGGGAACUCAGUUGAGUCAAGACGGAAAGGAAAAACCAGCAUAAUUAUAUUAAAAAGCCUCAGGAAGUGGGAAGAGAAUACCGCCUCCCAGCCUUAAUUGCUGAUGUUAUUGGAGACAGGUUUUUGAAACAGUGCUGUGGUUAUUUUUCUGUAAACUUUAAAGUUCAAGUAGAAAAGGAGAGGAGGCGGCUCAGGAAAUACUCUAAAUUGCUAGUAUGGUAUCUAUAAUGUACGUGUAUUCAUACAUCCAAAGAGAAAAAGAACAUAUAGUUCUGUUUAAAUCAUUUGGGGGAUUCUUUGAAUAAAGUUCUCAAGAAAAUUAUACAAAAACCAAAUGCUGAUUGAAUCACAAG